AUGACCCUAGAUGGAUACAUCCCAAGCGCCUUCCAAGGUCGAAUUGCAGGAGCCAAGGCUCUGUGGAUGGUCAACAAGAACCAGUCUAAAUACCAGAGCUUCUGUGAGGAUGAUGGGGAUGAUCUUUGGGUCGAGAUUUCUGACUCGCAGCUGAAGAUCUUCCCCCAUCCUCAGGAAUGGACUGGUACAAUUGACGAUGAGAAGUUGACUUUUGAAGUUGUUAGUUGGUCGAAACCUUUACAUCUUGUGGAGUUGAACAUUCAACUCCUAGUAAUUCUAGCGCACGGUGGCAAUGUAAGGGAUUACAUAGCCGAACUGGCCAGAAGAGGUCUUGAUAAGCUGGCGGAGGAUCUUGAAAGUGUUCUAGCAGCUGAUAACAACCUUAUGUGUCUUGGUCUGAUGCAAAAGCUAAAGCCUCCAGGCGAAGCUAAGUAUAAGUCCCGUCAGCUUGGAAGCUGGGUGCUUAAUGACGGAGAGUUUGUGAACCGUCUAUGUCAGGCAGGUUUUACGCCACAAAGCUUCUCUCCUCUACGAACCCGGCUACAGAAGCUGUUCAAAUGGACCAUUGAGCAUCAGGUGGAGGAGUUGCACAUUGAGGUGCCACUAUCAACGUAUGCGUACUGUGUUGCCGAUCCAUAUGGAGUCCUUGAGGAAGAUGAAGUCCACUUUGCCUUUUCAAGCAACUGGCAAGAUUCCGACGGGAACUUUCAAGAGUCCGAGCUGAUGGACACAGAUGUCCUGGUCGGGCGUCUUCCAGCACACGUCCCCUCUGACAUUCAAAAGCGGAGAGCGGUCUACAAAUCCGAGCUGCGGCAUUUCAAAGAUGUGAUUGUGUUCUCCACAAAAGGGGAUAUGCCUCUUGCUCACAUGCUGUCGGGCGGAGACUAUGAUGGUGACACACCUUGGAUCUGCUGGGAUCCUAUGAUUGUGGACAGUUUUCGGAAUUCCGACCUUCCUGAAACAGAAUUCCCCCCUGAGCACUUUGGUCUUACGAAGCAUUCAAGUGCGUUCGAAUUCAAUCUGACCAUGUCAAACCUCGGACGAUGCACCCAGGAGCAUGAAAAGAUCGCAUAUGACAAAUCGAUCGAUUGUGCUGAAGCCAAAGAGCUUGCAUGUCUGCUGAGCCACCUUGUAGAUGGACGCAGAGGCGGUGUUCAUUUAUCUGAAGACGCGUGGCAGGAGUAUCGCAAGAAGGUUAGCCCGCGUUCUCGCGCCUGGCCGGCCUACAGGGAGACAUCAUCCAGUGAUAAGGCUGUCAAACCAAAGAAAUCGAAUAUUGUGGACUACAUAAAAUUCUUCGUUGCUGAAAAGCACAGCAAGAGCAUCCUUACUGAAAUCCAGACAAAGUUCCCUGAAGGUGAAGCAUGGAGGGCUGUUGACGAUGACCUCGCUCGUCCUUGGAGAGGGACACGAAAACGCGCGGACGCUGAACGUGCCACUGGCGGCGAGCUGGACCCCAUUCUAGAAGAUAUUUCAUGCUCAAUACAGAAGUUAAAGAAGGAAUGGAGCGAGUCAGAUACCGAAGAGGAAUCCUACACUCAUCGAGCACAGCAGCUGGCUGACAAGGCUUCUCUUCAACCACCUACCUCCUCGUCCCAUCCACUCGUACACACUUGGCAAAAUAGUCAAAAAGAGUGGCGUCGCCUGUUAGCUUCAUUUGCAUACCAGCGAUGGUCCAGCUCCAGUUUUGCUUGGUUAGCAUUUGGAGAUGAAUUAUGUGAUCUGAAGGCGGAGACCAUGCCAUCGCGCAGCAUCACCAAUAACGCCUUGUCUUGCUUCAAGGUAAACCAUAAAUUAGUAUCCCAGUUGACGGCCAGUGACGUCGCUGUGAACAUAUCGGAAAGCGACGAGUUCAGCGAUGACGACUUCAAGUACGAGGGCGAAGACGUGAUUGAAGCACUGGUGUUGAGCGAGGAUAUUGGUUAUUUCAAUAGAUUGGAGGAUGGCCUCUCCAUUCAAUGA